CACAGGCUGUCAGAUAAAGAGGGAGCGUGGGAAAUAUCACAUCAUACACCUGGGAUACUCUGUAUUUCGGAUCAGUUUACUGACUACUUAACUCGUAGUUUAUUUAUUACAAAAAAAACCCCAAACUGUCGACAUAGAUAGGUCCUUUCAUAAGCACUUAAUAUUGUUUACCAAAGAAAUGGUGAUGGAGAAGCCAAGUCCCCUGCUUGUAGGGCGGGAGUUUGUGAGGCAGUAUUACACACUCUUAAACAAGGCACCAGAUUUCCUGCACAGGUUUUAUGGGAGGAAUUCUUCCUAUGUUCAUGGGGGACUCGACCCAAGUGGCAAGCUGGCGGAAGCGGUGUACGGGCAAGCGGAAAUCCACAAGAAGGUCAUGUCUCUGCAGUUUAGUGAAUGCCACACAAAGAUCAGGCAUGUGGAUGCCCACGCCACACUAAGUGAUGGAGUGGUGGUGCAAGUCCUGGGAGAACUGUCCAACAAUGGUCAGCCCAUGAGGAAGUUCAUGCAAACUUUUGUGCUUGCUCCAGAGGGUUCAGUGGCAAACAAGUUCUACGUCCACAAUGACAUCUUCCGUUACGAGGACGAGGUUUUUGGGGACUCUGAAGCUGAGCUUGAUGAGGAAUCAGAGGAGGAAGUUGAAGAGGAGCCAGAAGAGAGGCAGCAGUCCCCCGAGCCGCUUCAAGAAAGCCCCAACAGCACCACCUACUAUGAACCUCACCCCGUCACUAAUGGAGUAGAGGAGCCCAUGGAGGAGCCAGCUCCAGAACCUGAGCCAGAGCCUGAACCAGAGCCCAAAGUUGAGGAGAUUAAGCCUGAAGUAGAUGAGAAGGUUCUGGAAGAGAUGGAGGAGAAAGCCCCUUCACCAGUCCCUGUGGAGUCCCCACCAAAUACCCAGGAGCCUCCCAAGGCUUUCUCCUGGGCCUCAGUGACCAGUAAAAACCUGCCUCCCUCUGGAAUGUCUCCACAUGUUGUUAAAGCUCCAAGCUCACAGCCCAGAGUUGAAGCCAAGCCGGAGACACAGACAGCACCCAUCCGACCCCGAGACCAGCGCACACGUGACAGACCGACCUUCACUCAGCGGGGCCCCCGACCUGAUGGUGUUGCAUCUUCGGAGUCACAAACGGGAAAACCACACUUAAGUUUUGUUAACAAAGCAGGUGGCAGAGGCGAUGCUGAAUCUGGUGACAUGGACAGCAGGCGGAUUGUCCGCUACCCAGACAGCCAUCAGCUUUUUGUCGGCAACCUCCCACAUGACAUCGAUGAGAGCGAGCUCAAAGAUUUCUUCAUGACGUACGGAAAUGUAGUUGAGCUGCGGAUCAACACCAAGGGUGUCGGUGGGAAGCUUCCCAACUUUGGUUUUGUGGUCUUUGAUGACUCUGAUCCGGUGCAGAGAAUCCUGGGGGCCAAGGUAGAAGGGCCCAUCAUGUUCCGUGGUGAAGUGCGUCUGAAUGUGGAGGAGAAGAAGACGAGGGCGGUGCGAGAGCGAGAGACCCGCGGCGGAGGAGACGAACGUCGGGACAUGAGGCGCAACGACCGGGGUCCUGGAGGUUCACGGGGUAUCGUGGGAAGCGGAAUGAUGCGUGAACGAGACGGGAGGGGACCACCACCCCGGAGUGGCAUGGCCCCCAAGCCUGGCAUGGGCUCUGGAAGGGGCUCCGGCGGCCAGGGUGAAGGUCGCUUCACAACCCAGCGCCGCUGAGAAGAGCACCACCUGCAGUGUGGAAGUAGUACCGUGUUCUUCAUCUUCAACCGUUCUCGUUAACGAAAAGAAAUCUUCAUGUAUAAACGUAUAUAUUUGUUUUUGUUUGUUUUUUUCGUUUUGUUUUUUUAAUUUUUUUGUUCCCCCUUUGCUUUGGAAUGUGACACAACCUGUCAACCAUUUGUUUGUGAAAUAGACAAAACAAAAAAUAAGCAAACAAAAAAUUCGCUUAUUAGUUGUGAGCUGAGCGUCCUUUUUUGGGGGGGUAUCUCAAGAAUUCACAAACUUUAAUUUGUAAAUUCGUGAAAAAAGGCAAACCAACCAGGAGUAAUCUGCCACAUUAGGAGGGACUGAUAAAGACUUGUAACUACGAUAAUACAGCCCAUCAUUUGGAAAAGAGAUUAUAUGCCUUGACUUAACUGGGGCGCUGCUUCACGAAAAUCCCUCUAUUGCACAUUUUAUAUGGUAGUUUUCUGCCCGUUACUGUUGGAAAAGAGUGAGAUGCAAAAAUUUGUGCAGUUCCAGGGGAAAAGCUUGCCUUUUACUUUUUUCCUUUUUUGAGAGACCACUGCUUCAAAAUUGCAUAAUGCACUCAUCAAUAUGCACUAAUGGGUACUUUUGUCGUGUUACAUUGACAACCAUGCUCGGAACGCAGCUGGAGAGACCUGUUUGUCUCAAAGCGAUACGACUUAACGGGGCAGGCCUCGCUCACAGCGCCUGUCUGCUGUGACCAAUGUACUUUUCACAUUUCUGACCCAAAACUACGCUUCAAUUACUGCUGGAUGGACAAGAUGACAAGCAAAUCUACAUUAUAUUUUUUCCUCAUUUAUAAAUAAGAAAAAAGCUCAAAUCCUUGACUUUUCACCAAACGAGUGGAGGGACAAAGGAUAAAACAAGAAACAAAAGCUGAAUAGAAGAGUGGUGGUAAUGAUGGCGGCUCGCUCCAUUUUUCUUUUGAUUCCAAGUUUUGGUUUGUUUUUUUUUGUUUUUUUUGGUUUGGUUUUUUUCUCUCUCUCCAUGUUUUUCCCUGCCAGCUAAAGCGCAAAACUGGGACGGACAUCUCCCUCCCUCUUCCCUCCCUUUCUGUCUUAAGUGCAGAGUAACAGAAUAAAUGUACAGCAAAAAUCAGUUUACUGUAUGUUUUUUGUUUUUUUGCGUAAUAAUUUUUCAUUUCUCUCUUUCGACUUGAUAAAAGCAUGAUGGUGCCUUCUAUUUCACCUUUUCCAGUCUUACUAAGAAAAAAAUAAAAAUAAAACAAAGCGUUGCAGUUCGAGGCUCGCUGCCUCCUAAUGUGGAGCUGCUCAUUUUGAACUAUUGUCUACUGGGAGCAGAUUUAAGGAAAAAAAAAAACUUGCAGUAUUCACACGAUUAAAGGUUGUUUUUUUUCUGGUGCAUAUUUUGAUUUUUCCAUACUGUUUUACUACCUAAGAUGAUCUGCUGUGAGUUUUGUACAUUUGUUUUGUAUUGUGUCUGUUCUGGGUUUUGUAGAGACAAUAGGUGCCUCAAGUUCUGUUUGUUGUUAAAUGGUUUAAGAGGUGCACAUGAAGAACUACUCCCAAAAGAAAAAGACAAAAGGUACAUUAAAGGUGGUUACAGUGAUAUGCUUUGUCCUUGGUUUUAACGAGUCAUAGCUCUACACGAGGAUGAUUUCAGUGAACUGAGGUUUGGGAAGAGGAAAUUGUCUCAAUGUUUCAGACACUGUUUCCUUACUUUCAGUCUGACGGUAGUUUUUUGCAACUCAUGGCAGCACUCGGGUUAAUUCCUGGACUCACAAAUUGUCAGACUGUUCUUUUUUCAGCAACAAUUUUGUAAUCUGUGUGGGUGGGCUGGCCAUAGUUUCAGCCCACAGACUAGCAAAUAAUUGUGCUCACUUUUUCUAGCCGUUUAUGCAUUUGUAUUUUCAUAAUGCUGAUUAUUCAUUGUGCUUAUUAUAUUCAUUUAUUUUUUACAGUCAGUGUGAAUGCCAUACCAAUAGGCUUUUCUUUUUUUUUUCUUCUUUAUUUCUUUUUCUUCUUUUUACCACUCAGUAGGGAGGGAAGAUCUUGGUUUCAGCUGGGAAAGAAAACAUGACACAACAUGAGAUGUUUUAUGUUAUUUUUGUUAUCUUGCACUGAAAUGGGAAGUGAAAAAUUGAUGUAGCAUUUUCCUGGACAAACAUGCUAAUGAGGUCUUCCUUGUCUGGUGGUAUUGCACUAUUUCCAACCUUUCUGGGACAAUCUUGUCAGUUUGAACACAACCUCUCCAAAUUUUUCAUCUGGCAUUAAACAAACAGCCUGAAAUUUUUGCUGUCUUGCAGUUUAAACAUGAUUUAAUGCGCAUUUAAUGUAGUUUUCCCUCAGUAAAGCUCGGCUACACUUCCUUAUAGCUGAGAUAAAAAAACUAUUUUCACAUCAUUUUGAGAAAUAUCAGUUUUUGUCUUUUCAGGUCCUAGAGUAUUUUAACAGUUCUCACGGGUGCCUAAACCCCCGAAUGUUUAUUUUUUCAGGUAAAUUGCAUAACACGGGCACUUGACUGCAAUCAUACUUUUACAGCAGAGGUCGAUUAAGAGAAUGGUGAAGAAGAGCCAUCAUGCUUUCAGACCAAUCUGUGCUUUUAACAUCUCAGUGGUGGUUUAAACAAAAAAAAAAAGAAAAAUGUCUGAGCGUUUAUCAAUUUUACGGUUGGAUCUUUUUCACUGAGGUCUUCAAGGACCUGCCUGCCCUUCUCCAAACUGUAACUGUAAACUUUCCUGUGGUUGAAAUGCAGUAGAGUGGAUCCACAUUGUGAAUCAUUCCAGUCCUUUUUGAGUGGAAAUAGAAGAACCUUCUUUGGCUUUAGCAGGUGUGGUAAACAGUUGGCUGCCAUCUUAAUUUACUGUGUUUACCCUUUUUACUUGUUGCUAGUACAAAACCGUUGCAGGUGGAAAAUCUUUUAUUUUUGCCUUAUUUUAUUUUAAUUUUUUGUUUUGUUUUCUUUCCUUUCCAUUUUGAAUGUGUUGGAUUUAACAUACAAUAAACUACUGAUAUCAGCACCACUCAUA